AGGAUAAAACGUUGAGGUGUUUCGUAAGGUUCCCAAGCCUUGUUUAGAUCGAUUCCAGUGAUAUGACUCAUCCUGGUUUAUCCAUCAUCAAGUUACCAACUACAGAUCUUGUAUCAGGUAACAACUCGACAGAAAGUGCGGGAGAAAAAGUCGCUCAGCGUGUCGUGUUAUUUCCAAAACAAAGUAACUCAGGAAGCCAACUUAUUUGGCGUGGCGCUUGUUUGCAAAGUAUUUUGAGUGAUGUGCCAAGUCAAAAUACUCAGUCCAGUGUUGGACAGCUAGGUAACAACUUUGGAGAAACCUUACAAAGAAAGAUAGUCAACAUAAACCCGUUUGAAGAUAAACCUUUAUCUUUGUCAUUGACGUCGGUUUGGAAUCAAAAUCAACAAGAUGCUACUAGCGAUGGGAUUUGUCCCCUGAAUUCAAAAAGCAAAAACUUGAAGAGACCUAGGAAUGAAUCCAAUCCUAAUAAUCCUGAGGGUAACAGUGAUUCAUCUGAAGAAAAAUCAUCUACAAAAGUCCGAGCAACCAAACCUCGCAUUCGGUCACAAACGAAACGUUCAGGGCGGCGAAAUGCUCCAAAACCUGUACAACAACCCCUUCUUCUAACCUUGCGACCUUUUCAUCCACCUGGAAACUUAUUACUUCCUGCAUUUGAUCUAAUGUCUAAGUUUGAUGGUUUAGUUUCAUUUGAAAAUGACAAAUUAGUAACAAAUAAUACUUCGAGUAGUUUAUCAACUAUCAAUGAAGAAAAUAUUGAAGAGACAUCAACAACACUUAAUGCUUCUGUAUCAACUACCGGUCGGAUGAAAAGUAGUGCAGGAAUAAAUGAUAUCGACUUUGAGGAAUUUAAGCAUUACAGACGUCUCAAUGGGUAUUCACUUUUCGUACAUGUCAAUAAGAAAAAAUAUGGAUCAUUUCCAGGCUCGACACUCGUUGAUGAUACAAAUGAUGCCAAUGAUAACAUGCAAACUGGCCUUGGUAUCUCUAGUUCAGGAAAAGAAAGCCAGAAAUCCAAUCGUAGAUGGCAGGCUUUGUGGUUAACAGUGCCAGAAAAAGUUAAACGCGAAUGGAAAAACAAGGCAAAGCGUCUUUUAAAACAAAUUGAACAGCAUGGAAAACGGGAAGUUCUAUCCGAAGAUAGAAAAUUAAGAGAACGUGAUCGUUUGGAAGUUCAACUCAGUCGCACACAAACAACAUUUUAUAGUUUGCUUGAUCUGGCCGCUCAUUUCCAGCUUUUAAGUGAUCGAUUUGCAACAUUUUCUAAAAAUGUUAAUGAUUAUGAGGGACCAAUUGACCCUGUAGGUGUAGAGUCGUUACUACUCGAUGGCUUAUUAACAUGUUUAAUCCCAUUGAUUGCUCUAACAAAUGAAUUGGAGCCAUUCACAGAAGUUCCUGAUCGUAAAACUAUAUGUGACGCUUUAACCAAUUUAACUUUUAUCGCUCCAUUUUAAAAUACGAAAAUUAAAUACAUUCAUAUAAAGUUUUGUAAAUAUAUCCAUGUUAUCCCAUUUUAAGUGUAAAAUAACCGUGUAAAUAAACCUUUUAUCACUAUCAAGGUUUUUUGAUCAUUUUGUUUCUUUAUAGUUUGUGUUUUUAGGGUUUUUUACUUGUCAGUAAAGUAGAUCUCUAAUGUUCACCUUUUUUAUCGGUCAUUAUUUGAAGAAAACUUGAUUUGCUAGCUAAUUUUCUUUUUCUUGUUGGAUUUAAUGAAGACUGGGAUAUUGUUUGAAAACCCUGAAUCUCUAACUCAAAUAAUUAAUCUUGAGUUUUCAUGUUAGUUCGUCACCGAAAUAGAUGUAUUUCAGUCAUUCUUUUGUAAUUAUUGACCAUAUUUACAGCAUUAGUUUAGUGAAAGUAUUUUUUUAUAACUCUACUGACUGAAUCCUACUUACACGUUUAACAGGUCUCAUUUGUGAUCAUUUGCGAUACAACUAAGUUCCUUAAUGCUAUUUACGUCGUGUCAGUUUCAAAUUUGCAACUUAAAGGUUGGAAGCCUUGCGGCACUGAACAAUCAUAUAAUAUGAUGUAGAAAUGAGUGGUAAAUAGAAAUUGAAAAUUUUAUGGAUUUCAAUCUGUUGUUUGGAACGUGCACAACAGAACUCUUCAUCCGUAUUCUUGAUAUUUGUGUGACAAUAUUUGCCUGACGGUUCUCGAUGUAUGUUGC